GUGGCUAACCCUGAUGAGGGUGUGUACGUCUGCAAAGCCAGUAAUGAAGGAGGGGACACAGAGGGGAAGGUGAAUGUCAGAGUACAAGUUCCUCCUUUGGCAAAGGUGAAACCUAAGCGCCAGAACUUUGUAGAAGGGGAGACAAUUACGAUAAAUUGUACGGGCCUGGGAUUUCCACUCCCCUCCGUCCAGUGGUUAAAGGGAGGCUUGCCAAUCUCUCAUCCUCGCAUGAAUGUUCGCGGUACUCUGCUCACGAUCAGGGACAUUCGCCGCGAGGACGAAGGAAACUACGAGUGUUUGGUGACAAACACGGCAGGACAAAACAAAAUGGUUGCCAGCCUUGACUUCAUUGAAAGGCCGCGGAUCACGCUGUAUGAGAAGCGUGUCUUGGUGGCCAGUGGUGACACAGCCACACUGUUCUGUCAGGCAGAUGGCAUUCCUAAACCCGCCAUCAAGUGGUUCAAAGGCGACACAGAGCUUCAGGAGUUAUCCUUUGUCCAGAUCACAGCCAAUGGAGAGUUACUGAUAUUCGGCACCCAGGAAAAUGAUGCCGGCGACUACCGCUGUGUGGCGACCAAUCCAGCUGGGACGGACACUGCCACUGUCACCCUGGAUGUGGGCUCUGAGCCACUGGUGGUACAAGCGCCAUCUAACAUGGGUGCGGACAUUGAGGGAAACGCUACACUGCCAUGUUCUGCUGUGGGCCAACCCCUCCCUCAGGUGUCCUGGAGACGGGCGGACGGGAGGCCCCUGGAGGCGUCAGCACGUGUCCAGCAGCUGCCAUCAGGCGCACUAGCCAUCAGAAACCUGAACCUGGAGGAUGAGGGCAUGUACACAUGUGUGGUGGAGAACCAGUUUGGGAAGAAAGAGGUGUCGGCAUACCUGUCGAUCACUGGAAUAGUGAGACCCCUCAUUGCAUAUACAAACCCAUUUGUUGAGGUGGUAGAGGGUAAAACACUUCAGCUGCGCUGCGUUGUUCUCCUUGGCAACCCUAAACCUACGGUGACUUGGCUGAGGGACGGACGGCCAGUUCGAAGUGCGUCCACAGGGCAGGAGGAUGGACAGUUCACGAUCUUGUCAGUUCAGAAGGGGGACGAGGGAGAGUACACCUGCCUGGCUAGUAACGUGGGAGGCAACGCCACCUAUCUCGUUAGGGUUGACGUGCAAGUUCCACCGAGCUUAUUGUAUGAAGACAGCAAAGAUCGCCAGACAGAGUUUUCCGUGAUACAGGGGGCCUCGAUCACCAUACCAUGUCGUGUGACGGGAGAGCCAAAGCCCCUUAUAACAUGGACAAAGGACGGCCAGCCGAUCUCAGCAACAGACCCGCAUUAUUUCAUCACGCAGGAUGGCAGUUUGGAGAUUUUCAGUACAGAUGCUGAGGAUACUGCACGAUAUCAAUGUUCGGCCAAAAACUUGGCAGGAUCGGUGGAGAAAGAUGUGUCCGUAUUUGUCAGGAUUGGUCCAGUUAUUGCGGGUCCCCCUGAGGAGGAGAUAACUCUGACUGCCGGAGAUUCCACUCUUCUCCCCUGCGAAGUCAGCGGGGAGCCCAAACCAAAUGUUUUCUGGAGGAAAAACUUUGUCAUCUUCCGGUCAGACUCGGAGAACACAUAUUUCACAGAGGAAGGUUUGCACAUCCAGAGAGCCGAAGUGGCUGAUAAAGGCAUCUAUGAGUGUAUCGCAUCAAAUGUGGCUGGAAAUAACAGCAAGGUCAUUACUCUAAUGGUUCAAGUUCCGCCUGAGAUAACCUCAAGUGGCAGCACCAGUUUGGUCGUUCUUGAGAACCAACCUGUAGUGUUAGGCUGCGAAACAAUAGGAGAUCCCUCCCCGCUGGUGCGCUGGAAAAAAGACAGUCUUAACCUGAACAUUUUUGAUGAUGACAGUCGCUACAGAUUGGAAGGGACGGGGUCACUGCGGAUAAGCUCGGCGGUGUUGUCGGAUACGGGAAGCUACAUGUGCAGUGCUUCGAACCCUGCAGGAACCGUAACCAGGGAGAUCAGACUCACUGUCCAAGCUCCUCCUACGUUACCUGCCGGAGUCCCAGAUAAGGCUGAGAUCAUAGAGAACAACGCUGUGAUUUUGCCAUGCCCUGCCCGGGGCACCCCUGCACCCACCAUCACCUGGUACAGGGACGGACAGGAGAUCCAUCGGAACGAGAUUGGCGUGACGCAACUGGGCGAUGGCUCCUUGGAGAUACAGAGCGCUAAGGCUGUAGACACAGCCAGGUACAAGUGUGUGGCCAGGAAUGUAGCAGGGAAUGCUAGCCAUGUCGUAGACCUCAAGAUUCUAGUCCCUCCAAAGUUCCCAGAUGGUGAUGGUGACAGUGGCAAACCAGGCAAACCAACAGUAAUCGAGAAUGACACCGUGACACUGGAGUGUCCUGUUUUGGCUGACCCCCCUCCACUGAUCACAUGGUUUAAGAAUGGUCAACCUCUGGGAAACACCGAUCUGGCUGACCGGAUCAUUAUCUCCAAUGAGGGCCGAGAGUUGACCAUUCUCCGCUCUCAAGUAACAGACACGGCCAGAUUUACCUGUGUGGCUUCAAACAUUGCUGGCAAGAGUAACAAGAAAUAUGACCUUGUGGUGCAAGUUCCGCCUAAGAUUGAUGACUUGGCGGCCUCUCAGGGGAACCUGUCCGUGAUAGUUUCCCGGCCCCUGGUAAUUGACUGUCCGGUCGCUGGCAUCCCCCCACCCAGAGUGACUUGGCUCAAGGACGGACGCUUGAUAAACCCCUCCCUCAACCCCAGCAUCAGGACCUUUGCAGAUGGGAGACGACUAGAGCUGCUCAGCACCAAAGUGACGGACACAGCGAGGUUUACUUGUGUGGCGAAAAAUGUGGCUGGGUCUGCAAAGAAGAACUUUGAUCUAUCAGUUUUUGUACCACCUAGUAUUGAUGAUGCCAACAUUGUUGCGCGGCCGGAAGUCAUAUCCAGUCAAAACGUCCGUCUAACUUGCCCAGCCACUGGCAUUCCUCGCCCAACCAUAACGUGGCACAAGAACAAAGAGCCAAUCACAGUGAGCGAUGCUAGACACAUACUUUUAGAUGAUGGUUGGACGCUGGAGUUGCGCAAUACAAAUCCAGAGGACACGGCGCGUUACACGUGUCGCGCAACAAAUGUGGCGGGGCAGAACGAGAAAGUGUUUGACCUGCAGGUGCUGAUACCAGCUACGAUUAACAAGAUUGGGCUGAAUGAAAACCCUAAAGUUCUUAUCAACCACACAACAACCUUACGCUGCCCUGCCAAAGGGUCUCCAUCUCCUACCAUUCGCUGGUACAAGAACUCACGCCCUUUGGACCCAGCCUCAUCCAGCCUGGACAGGAUUGAGGCAUUUGGGGAAGGGAGACAACUGCGUAUCAAUGCAGCACAGCUGACAGACUCUGGGAGUUACAGCUGUGUGGUGAUUAACAAAGCUGGAGAAGACUCUGUGGAUAUGGAGCUUGAUGUUUUAGUGCCGGCCAGAAUUGACCGUUUCACCAAUUUGAACCCUACGGUCAUCGUUAAUGAGACUAUCAUCAUCGACUGUCCGGCAUCCGGGGUUCCACCGCCACAGGUAACCUGGCUGAAGGACCGGAGACCCAUCAGUAGUGAGACACACCCACACAUGCGCAGACUGUUCGACGGUCGCCAGCUGGAAGUGCACCGCGCACAAGUGGUGGAUUCUGGUCGCUACACUUGUCGCGCAGUCAAUGAAGCGGGCCAGGCUGAGUUGGAUUUCACACUUAAAGUACAAGUUCCUCCGACCAUUUCAAAUGUUGACGUUGACCCGCGACCCACCGUCAUUGUCAACCAAUCAACUGUUCUGAAUUGUCCUGCAUCUGGAACUCCUGAACCACGGUUGUCAUGGUUACGGAACGGUCAAGCGGUUCAGUUUGAGCGAGAGCCCCACCUGCAGCUUGUGGGCAAUGGUCGUCAGCUUCGUAUUGUGCAGGCCAAGCUGACUGAUGCUGGACAGUACGCCUGUAUCGCCAUCAACGAGGCUGGACAAGCAGAGAAAAACUACAUUUUGGAUGUGCAAGUUCCGCCCCGCAUUGACCUCUCUGGUUUGGACACAUCACCAAGCGUUAUCUUGACACGUAGCAUCGUCCUGCAGUGUCCAGCCACGGGAAUUCCAUCCCCAAACAUUGCCUGGCUGAAGGAUGAGCGCCCCCUGGUGGAGACACCUCGCAUUCAGGUGCUAGCAGGUGGCUUACAGCUCCAGAUUACGAAUUCCCAAGAGGGUGACUCAGCCAAGUAUUCAUGCAUCGCUACAAACCCAGCAGGGGAGGAUCGUGUGGACUUUGACCUCAGUGUACAGUUGCCACCGACCAUUGACGAAUCCAACUUGGUGAACAAUCCUAAGGUGAUUGUCAACCGUACAGUGUUAUUAGAGUGCCCUGUGUCUGGACUCCCGCCCCCUACGAUAAACUGGCUAAUUGACGGGCAGCCUCUCAGGGAGACACCCUCUCGUUCUAUCCUCCAGCAGGGUAAACAGGUGCAAAUUCUCCAGGCUCAGGUGUCUGACUCAGCCAGGUAUACCUGUAUAGCCUUCAAUGCUGCUGGUGAACUUCAAAGGGAUUUUAAUCUAGAGGUAUUAGUUCCGCCUCACCUGGAAGACGCUGGUGUGGAGAAAGAGCUGAGUGUGAUCCAGAAUCUCACCAUCACCCUCGACUGUCCCGUUACGGGGACCCCUGAGCCAUCUGUCAUGUGGCUAAAGGAUCGCCAGCCUUUGCUUGACUUUCCCUACCCUAACCUCCGCACCUUGGCCAAUGGGAAACGUCUGGAGGUAUCUCGCGCACAGGUGUCAGACGGAGGUCGUUACAGCUGCAUGGCAACAAAUGUGGCUGGUCAGAUAGAAACAAGUUACAAACUCACUGUCCAAGUGCCUCCACUGAUGGACGAUCAGAGGGUAAUUGAGAAGUUGUCUGUGGUUGUUCUGGAAGCUGUCAACCUGGUGUGUAAGGCAUCAGGUAGCCCUGAGCCAGAGAUCACAUGGUUGAAGGACAGACAGGAAGUGAACACUGCAUCAGAUCAACGUAUCAGAAUUCUGGACAAUGGAGGAACUUUACAGAUCGUAAACAUAGGUGUUGGAGACGCCGGACGAUAUACAUGCAGAGCACAAAAUCAAGCUGGCGCCGUAGACAAACACUACAAUUUGGAGGUUCUUGUUCCACCCACCAUCAAUGGCUCUGGAAGACUUCAUGAGAAGAGUGUGAUUCUCCAGAAAUCUCUGACGCUCGACUGUCCCGCCAACGGUGUCCCCGAACCAAUCAUUCAGUGGCAGAAAUCCAGGCGAAACUUGCCGAGAUACGGUAGCCCGAGUGUACGGAUUCGAAAUGAUGGGAGACAGUUGGUGAUUCCCAGUGCCCAGCUUCUGGACAAUGGGACCUACACCUGCGUGGCCAGCAAUGUGGCUGGAAAUGUGUCCAUUGAUUAUCUGGUCUCUGUCCUGGUUCCUCCGACCAUUGAGAAUGCCCCGUCUGACGUCUCCGCCUCUGUAGGGAGCCGCACAUUGUUGCUGUGUGAGAGCGUUGGUCUUCCCAACCCAGUUGUCGCUUGGACCAAGAACAAUGAGCCAUUUUCCGUGCCCGGGGAGCGCCACCGCAUGCAUAGAUCAGGCACUCUGGAGUUUACCUCUGCCCAGGUGUCCGACUCUGGGAGUUACAGGUGUAUAGCCGAGAAUGAGGCUGGUAGCGUGUCCAGGGACGUCUACCUGAGAGUGGAAGUUCCUGCGGAGAUAGGAAAGGACGGCCCUGACGAAGUUCAGGUUGUUGUUGGUGACGAGAUUGUCCUCCCCUGCGAUGUCAAAGGGACACCCCGACCAAGAGUAUACUGGCAGAAAGGAACUGCCAUUUUGACAGAGGGGCCUGGUGUGGAGAUUUUGGAGAGUGGCUCACUAAGACUGAGUCGGUCACAACUGAAGGACUCAGGCGUGUACAUAUGUAUCGCUCAGAACAAUGCUGGUACAGACACACGCCAGCUCAAACUGGAUGUGCUAGUGUCCCCGACUAUAACAGCUGACAAACGUAACUUUGUUGUGCGUGAGAAUCGGGACAUCCUGUUGCCGUGCCGAUCGUCAGGGCAGCCUCCUCCGCAGAUUACCUGGCAGAAAGAUGGGGUAGAAAUAUCUGUGAACAAUUAUCGGUACCGCACUGUUCAGUCAGGAUGGCUGGUUAUACCUGUGGCUAGGGCAGAAGAUGCUGGUGUGUACACGUGUGUUGCCAAAAACAAGGCCGGCCAGGAGACAAUAGACAUGACCCUAGAGGUUCAAGUUCCACCCAGGAUUGAAGAGACUUCUCGUAUCAUGACCAUAAGGGAGGGUGGCACAGCCAGCCUGCCCUGUAAGGCUCACGGUUACCCCACCCCCCAACUCAAGUGGAGGAAGAACGGGCGACGCUUCAGAUUCACCCUGGGGAAGUACGAGAAAGCUGAAGACGGAUCUCUCACUAUUCAGAAUGUGGAGUAUUUAUAUUAUUGGUAUUUGACAUUGUUUCAGCCAGGUGAUACAGGUAGAUACAGGUGUAUUGCUACAAACCUGGCCGGCAAGGACACCAAUGAGAUCUCUCUCAGAGUCCAAGUUCCCCCGGUCUUCAAGGUGGUCCCCAGAGAUACAGAGGUCAGCACCGGAGGUAGACUGGUGCUUCACUGUGAGGCCCAUGGCAUCCCCGUCCCGUCCAUCAGAUGGCAGCGUAAUGGAGAAGAUGUCCCCCUAGACAAUUUCUGCAGAUUCAACCAAAUGCAUGUGAUCAGGGCACCGCCCAGUGUGAACGGGCGUAGCAAGUACACCGUGCGCAGUGCCUACAGAGAGGAUGCUGGGAGGUACACAUGUAUCGCUGAGAACCAAGCUGGGCUAGAGCAGACCAGUAACACAGUGCUCGUCAAAGUUCCACCCAAUGUGAUACCGCAGGGAAAUCGGGCUGUGACAGUCGCAGAAAGAGUUGUCCUCUCCUGCUCUGUAGGUGGCGACCCUGCACCCAAAAUUUUCUGGACGAAGAAUGGUCGUCCCCUUCAACUGUCCGAGCGCAUUCAACAGCUCUCCAACGGAUCGCUUGUUAUUUAUCAGUCCACAAGUUCAGAUGCUGGGGAGUACAAGUGUGUGGCCUCAAACGAUGCAGGCACCUCAGAGGGUACAGCCAUGUUGACAGUCAGAAGUCCUCCCCAGUUUAAAAUAGAGCCUAAGAACCAGCGUGUGUCCCUGGGUGACAUGGUGACGUUUGACUGUGUGGCAGAAGGAGAGCCUGAGCCUGAGAUAGAGUGGAGGAAGGUGAAUGUUGUCCUGGAGACGGCGGAUAGGGUCACUAUCCUCCCCAACAACUCCCUUAGGAUUGUGGCGACUCAGCCGUCAGAUUCGGGACUGUUCCGAUGCCUGGCCAGUAACAACAUUGGGCGCAUGCUGAUUGAGGCUACACUUACUGUUGUAGUACAUGGGAUGUGGUCAGGCUGGACGGACUGGGGGACGUGUAGCCAGUCCUGUGGGCAGGGACUCCAGCUUAGGACCAGGAGCUGUGAUAACCCAGAACCCUCCAACGGGGGCCGAUCUUGUAUUGGGGCACCAGAGGAGUCCAAGACUUGUGUCACAGCAGAGUGCCCAGUCGACGGUGAGUGGGGUAAUUGGCUACCCUGGGACGAGUGCAGUAUGUCGUGUGGGGCUGGUGAGCGUGUUCGAAGACGUCUCUGUGACAACCCCCUUCCACAGUUUGGUGGCGCCCCCUGUGAGGGAGACAGUGCUGAGACGGUGGCAUGCAAUGUUAAGCGCUGUCCCAUCGAUGGUAACUGGGGAGGCUGGGGACAGUGGGAGCCUUGUAGUGUGACUUGUGGGUCAGGUAAACAGGUCAAGCACAGGUCAUGUGACAGCCCACGCCCACAAUUUGGAGGACGUAAGUGUCGAGGGCGAGGCACGCAGAGACAGCGAUGUGUUGUUAAGGAAUGCGGGGUGGACGGUAAUUGGGGGAAGUGGAGCCAGUGGUCGUCCUGUACCCUCUCCUGUGGGGGAGGCACCCACCUACGGAGCAGGAAAUGUGAUUCCCCUGCCCCACAGUUUGGGGGCACAUUCUGUCCUGGACAGGGAGAACAGACAGACUUCUGUAAUGUAGAACAGUGUCCAGUGAAUGGAAAUUGGUCACCUUGGAAUGUAUGGGGAGAUUGUACCACUACAUGUGGUGGGGGGCAGAGGAAACGAUUCAGGACGUGUACUAACCCCCCUCCAACUCACGGUGGACGGGCCUGUGUGGGGCCCAGUGAGGGAGUACAGACAUGUAAUGUACAACCAUGCCCAAUUAACGGUGACUGGAGUGGGUGGGGCCCAUGGUCGCAGUGCACCAAGACCUGUGACACAGGCAGCCGAGAGCGACAGAGGGUGUGCCGUCAGCCCAGGUUUGGGGGGCGGGGAUGUCUGGGAGACAGCAUCCAGGUAGAAGAAUGUAACCCAGACAGGUGCUAUGCCAUGCCCUUGAAGGCUUUUGGUAAUGUGAUAGGAAAUAUAAAUGGCGUGGACUUUGGUGUGUCACAGCUAGAGGCUGACAUGAAUGAUCGAGGGGACUCAAGUGUGAUUACAGGAACGCUCAACAAUGUACCGAGGGAAGUCGGUUACCAUCUACGCCAGCUGCUCUCCAUCCUCUCCCCAAUCUAUUGGACAACAGCUCAUGAAGUGGGAGGAGCCUAUAAUGGUUACACCUUAACAAAGGGCGAGUUUAAACGGGAGAUACAGGUGGAGUUUACAACAGGUGAGAUCCUAAAGAUGACACACGUUGCCCGUGGGGUGGACAGCCAAGGGGUGUUACAACUAGACAUAAUUGUGCGAGGAACGGUGCCAAGCCUACCUGAGUUCACACAGGUCUAUCUACAGCCCUAUACGGAAGACUACAUACAGACUGGACUAGGAUCGAUUUAUGCUCACUCUAGUCGUUUGUUCCGAGUGGACGGCUACAUGCUGCCCUAUGCCUGGAACCACACCAUCACGUACAAUGAAGAACUGGGCACCAUGCCCUUCUUAGUUCAGCGGCUGUUUGCCCAGGGGCUGGAGGUGGAGUUCCACCCUAGCCAGGAAGUACUGAAGUACAGACUGGAGGCACAGAUCUCCCCAGGGGAGCCCAGCAACAUGUGCCCCACAGGAUUCCUGCUGGAGGAGGGAAAGUACUGCAAAGAUGAGGACGAGUGCUCCAUCCUGGGGUCCUGCUCAGACUACUGUCACAACACACCUGGCAGCUACUCCUGCUCCUGUCCUAUAGGCUUUAUCCUGGAGUCGGAUGGCAAGCAGUGCUCAGACAUUGACGAGUGCUUGGCGGGAGAGUUGGAAUGUCCUCCAGGUCAGGAUUGCCUCAAUACAAUCGGGUCAUUCCAGUGUGUCGUCAGAUGUGCAGACGGACUCCGAAGGACAGAAGGAGGACUCAUUUGUGAAGAUAUCAAUGAGUGUGUGGAGACACCAGGGAUCUGUUCUCACGAAUGUACAAACACUGUCGGAGGUUACCAGUGUUCCUGUCAACCAGGCUACCAGCUGUUGGGCAGACGCAGGUGUGAAGACAUCAACGAAUGUGUGCGACCUGUGUCCCCGUGCAGUCAUUCCUGUCAGAACACUGAGGGGAGCUACCAAUGCUCCUGUCCCCUGGGAUUCAUCCUCACUGAGGGUGGCAUUUGCAGAGACAUUGAUGAGUGUUUGGAGGGAUUGUCUAACUACAUUGAUGAGUGUGCGACAGGACUUAAUGGCUGUUACUACAACCAGGCAUGUGAGAACACUCAGGGUAGUUACAGGUGUAUCUGUCCCCGGGGUUACCGUUCAUAUGGCAUAGGACAGCCAUGUAUAGACAUAGAUGAGUGCCAAGAGAGGCCUAAUAUCUGUAGUUAUCGUUGCAAGAACAUCUUUGGGAGCUUUGAGUGUAUCUGUCCCCCGGGCCAGGUGCAAUUGGCUGACAAGAAGUCAUGUGCUGGGCUUGAAUUCCUGGAGCCAGCAAAAGUCUUACGAGCUGGCCGUCCAUUAGGGGAUGAGCCCAAUCGUUGUACUCAACCUACUUGUGACAAUCAAAAUCUUGUUAAGUCUACCUGUCCACCUGGGUACUCCCCUGAGCCGGGCACCAGACAGUGUCGGGAUGUGGACGAGUGUGCUCAAGGCCAGAGGUGUCAACACAACUGCACAAACACUCCAGGCAGCUACAGGUGUAUCUGUCCCCCUGGUUACCGUGUCCAUGCCAACCAGAGGACGUGUGUAGACAUUGACGAAUGUCAAGAGUUGAAGAUAAAGUGUGGUCCUGAGAAGAUGUGCUUCAACCGCAGAGGAGAUUUCACCUGCAUUGACAUUCCAUGUCCCCGCAACUACAAACGAGAUCCUCUCACAAAUUAUUGCGUUCUGGAGUGUGAAGACUCCAACGUAGCCUGCCCACUCAACUCUAAAUAUGCGGACGUUCUCCAGUUUAAGACCUUGGCUCUUCCCAGCGGUAUCCCAGCAUAUCAAGAUCUGAUUCGUCUGAUCGCUUAUAACCAAUAUGGAGAGCACCUGCCAAAGACAACCUUUAACAUCAUAGAAAACGACCGUAAAAUACCUUUCCAGAUUCGCCUGGAGAACGGCAAAGGUGUCGUGUUUACAUUACGGCCGUUGGAAGAUGGGCAGCACUACAGAAUUAAAGUGAGAGCCCAGUCAUACGACACUGGCCAAGAUGAUAUCCAGUACCAGACCACCUUCAUCAUCCAUAUAGCAGUCUCCGCCUAUCCAUAUUAAUUCGCUGUUAUUUAUCAAUCUGUGAACUCUAAGAGUUCCGUGUGGCUUGGGAAAUGGUUUUCUUUUUAGGGUAGGGGUUAGCAGCACAGCGCCACAUAUUUGGGACCAGUCUUUUGUGUGUUAUUUUGUGAUGCCUUGUAUACCCAGCUUAUGGUGUAGCUUAUGCCUUGUAGUUAUCACACUAAGGGAACAUGCAGGUUUUGGUGGAGAUUGGUUUUGCACAUAUGGUUCAUCUGGAGUUGGAUGUGACACCAAAUUCAUACCAACAAAGUAUUAAUCAGAAAUGUUCAUGGUGACUAUCGAAGGUGAAAACAUAUCCAUCUGGCAUAAACUGAUACAGGUGGUACGGUCAUGAUUUUCUGUUAACUUUCGCUAUAGCCUUGUGAGUCUUGAAGACUUGAAACUAAGUCCCAAUAAUCUUGGCAUGGCCAUCAGAUAAUUUUUCAUCUUUACCCCCAUUGUCAGCUCUUCAGAGUAUUAAUCACUUUGCUUCACGGCUUCUUUUUUUUUUAAAAAUUAUACUGUUGUUUUCAAUUCAUUUGCCUUCAAGUUUUAUUUUGAUCUCCAAAGGUCAUGUUGUAAAAUGUCAGUCUUUCUCAUUGCUGUUAAUGUUGAGUUCGUGUGACACUGUGUUAAGUCUGCAAAUUUCCUAAAUUUGGCAGUUAUUACAUGUGUAUUAACCAUGUACAUUUCGAGUGACCAGCGCAACGUGGCUCUCUAUGAUUAAGUAAACAGGUGCUCCUGCAUAUUUGUAACGUAAACGUAAGUGAGACAUAACUUAAGCCGCAGUGGAUUCGUAAUCCCAAAACUUGCCUGUAACAACUACAGGAUAUUCAUAGAAACAAAUCUCACUUGACCAAGAGCUUGUGAUCUCUAGACCUUAAGACUCUGUCACAUAGGCCAAAACUGUGAUGCCGACACGUACUACCAUUAUGAUGUAUCACUCUUGCUGUAGACCAUAGCAACACUUUCUAAAGAUUUGAUAAAGAUUGUUUUCGUUCAUGGAAUGUUGCUGUUUUCUAUGGUUUUCUCCGGAAAACCGCUCCAAAGUUACCGCUUAGAAUAAACCUUGCUUCCCAACUUAUUUACGUUCAGAUCGCUACAUCCACUUACCUGUAAAUCGAUCCUUGGUAUGCGAAGUUAGGAACAUGACCAACCGAUCUCAGAGGUAAUGUUCGUCAGACUUAUUGUCAAGACAGCGGUAAAUAUCCUAAAAUUUCGUCCAUAAGUUGCUCAUUUUGCCUGAUUCUAAGAAAAGAGGGAUUGAGGUUUGUUUCCAAAGAAGACAAAAUCCUACCGAAAAAAUGUCUUUCAACGCCAUAAGUAAUAUCUCAUGACAUUUAUUUACCUCUCAAAAUGCACUGUUUCGAGCGAAAUUUUAGGUCAUACUGAUAGCUCAGACUGUCGUCCACAAUUAACCCACCAGUCUGACGAGGACAGUGUUCUGUAUCUAGUGAUGUUUCUGGUUUUGUAAACUUCAGGAGCCGCCUUUUUGCAUCCCUCUUAAUUUCUUCUUUUCCCAGAACAAAAGUGUACCGACUUUGAAACAUGUAUUCUCUCCUUACUCAUAACUUCCAAUGGAAUUUCAGUCUGUAUGAAAAAGAGGUGUGUUAAUUGUGAUUUGAUCCGAGCAAUAAAGAGCAAAAUUUAGAAAAAAGUUUCCUUGCCGUGUUUUUACCUACAUAUUUAAGAUAACCUAAACAACUUCAGUGUCAGUUUACCGAAACCUUGUCAGUUUUGGGGUUUUAGGGAUAUUACGUUAUAUUGUCAUCCAUCCACAUGUAUGAUACAUUUGCCUAUAGCUAUAUGAUACUUUGUCUAUGGCUGUACUAUUCAGAUAAGGCCCUAUUUUGCUAGUUUAAGAUGUUUUCAUAUGUUAUUAUCAUCACUAAAUAUGGUGCAUUCUUCUUAUUAAUCUGGUUUGCGAUAGGUUCAUAUUCAUGAAAGGAUAUCAGAAAUUUCGGUAAUAACAUGAAGUUAAUAAAACUAACUACUU